AUGGGAGCCGAGCCUGUUCCUGUCCUCUCCGGAGCAGGUCGAUUCUCUGGGGAGGUUUCCCCAGGAGGCAGCGGAGCUGUGCUGCAGUGUCGGGGCUGGAGCCCCUCAGGGCCGCGCUUCGGCGGGCACAGAGCUCCCUGCGAGCCCUCAGGGCCGCGCUGCGGCGGGCACAGAGCUCCCUGCGAGCCCUCAGGGCCGCGCUCCGGCGGGCACGGAGCUCCCCGCGAGCCCUCAGGGCCGCGCUCCGGCGGGCAGAGCUCCCCGCGAGCCCUCGGGGCCGCGCUCCGGCGGGCACAGAGCUGCCCGCGAUACCCUCAGGGCCGCGCUCCGGCGGGCACAGAGCUCCCCGCGAACCCUCGGGGCCGCGCUCCGGCGGGCACAGAGCUGCCCGCGAUACCCUCAGGGCCGCGCUCCGGCGGGCACGGAGCUCCCUGCGAGCCCUCGGGGCCGCGCUCCGGCGGGCACAGAGCUCCCUGCGAGCCCUCAGGGCUGCGCUGCGGCGGGCACGGAGCUCCCUGCGAGCCCUCGGGGCCGCGCUCCGGCGGGCACAGAGCUCCCUGCGAGCCCUCAGGGCCGCGCUCCGGCGGGCACGGAGCUCCCCGCGAGCCCUCGGGGCCGCGCUCCGGCGGGCACAGAGCUCCCCGCGAGCCCUCGGGGCCGCGCUCCGGCGGGCACAGAGCUCCCUGCGAGCCCUCGGGGCCGCGCUCCGGCGGGCACAGAGCUCCCCGCGAGCCCUCAGGCCGCCAGGGCCGGGAGCGGCCGCCGGGCCCGCGGGGGCUUCCAGCUCCGCUCUGA